GUUCCGUAUCUCUCCCAGGAUUCCUUGCGAAAACAUAACGUUGAACAAUAUUAGCGUUCUGUUUGGCGUCUCGGGUAUAUAAACACGGGUACUCAAAGAAAACUCACAUAAAACACGCAUACAUGAAAAGGGAAGCUCUUGGAGUUACAACAGUCUGAAUUUUCGGAAUUUAUAACAGAAUAUUCCGGUAUCUAGCUCUUGGGACAUCUUUACAAGAAGUAAAAUGUUGCGUUUUCAAGUCGUACUCCUCUUCUUGUUUUGUCUUGGAAUUUGUGCCAGGAAUACCGAUUCCGAAAGGGCACCAUUGUUAAAACCGUUAAGCAACCCAUGUAAAGGCACAAUAACGUUACACUGGGUACGAGAACCGAAUACAUGCAACCGUUACAUAGUCUGCGCUGCAGGUCAGCCUAUUAGGAUGCCAGCCUGUCCGGAUACUCAUAUUUGGUCUCAACGAGGAAGAAAUUGUGUUCCUAAAGGUUCUAGAUGGGACGAUUGCUCUUUUAGUCAAAUUGCAGCAACCAUAGUUACUCGGAAAGCAGUGCACGAGAAGAGAUUUACCAAUACACUUCUCAGUGAUGAGGUUCAUAUUACAUCUUCUACUUCAACAGAUAAAAUGGCAGCUAGAAUCAAGAAAGGGAGUCCACUAUUUCAAAGAAUAACUCUAAUAAAACGCACGUUCCCGAAUCACCCGUGUGCUUUUUCAACCACUGAAUUAAUUUUACCUCAUGCUGAGAAAUGCCACUGGUACUACAACUGUUCCUUAUCUGUGGAUUUAGCUGAAUGGAAAUACAACGAACCCAUGACUAGCGAAUGUCCAUAUCCAAAGUUAUUCUCCUUAAGUUCGAGAACAUGCGAAGAUUAUAGUGAAGUUGAGUGUGGAUAUCGUAAAUUAUCUAAGAAUCCAUGUCUAUACCGAGAAAAUUUAUGUCGAACAUCCCACUGUCGGCCAUGUACUCUCCGCUAUGGAAAUUGUGAAGGAUUGGAAGACGGUUAUCAUCCAUUUCCAUCUAAGGAGUGGACUCCUAAUUACAUCAUCUGUAGAGAUGAACGCAGCUCCCAACAACUACAGUGUCGAGAUCCAAGGCCAAUUUUCUCACCCGAAACUAAAAAAUGUGAGCAUCUGAAGAACGUACCAAAGAGCUAUGGUGGGCUGAGGCCGGUUUGUAAUGGUCGUCGAGAUGGAUUCUAUCCCGAUGAAUCUGGGCGUUGCGACGUUUAUUUCGAAUGUUUCCAGUCAAAGUUCACCGAAUACAGCAAGUGCAUCGGAGAAACUGUUUACAGCGCAGGUCAGGGUCGAUGCACAUUUGGCGAUGUGGAACCUCCUUGUGGUAAUAUCACCAAUAACAUUUGUACGGACCUAGACGACGGUUAUUAUUCAGAUCCAUACGGAAGGUGUCCUUUAUAUUUCCACUGUAAAACACGAAGUUUGCUUGGUUAUCUAAAGUGUCCAUUUGGUUCCUACAAUCCAUACACCGAAAGAUGUGAAGUCACUCCGAACUCGCCCCAACCGUGUGGUGAUCUUCCCAACCCCUGUAUGUCUCGGUCAGAUGGAGUCUAUGCCGAUAUUGCAAAUAAUUGCCUGUCAUCUUUCACCUGCAAGCAGCGAUUCGUCAUUAAAAUUCAGAGCUGUAAAACAGGGUUCGUAUUUAAUGAACAAACGCAUAAAUGUGAAGACGUCAAUGAUACACCCGCACCCUGUGGACUUGCCCCAAGUUGUCAGGGAAAACCUAAUGGUAGAUAUUCAGCACCUCUUAAGGGUUGUGAAUAUUACUUUGUAUGUCAGCAGGAACAAUUUAUUGGUUAUGAAAAAUGUAGUUACGAUAAAGGAGGGUUUUAUUUUAAUCCCACAACGCAGGAGUGUGAUUUCCCCUUAAAUAUAUGUGGAAACUGUGGAACUCGGGUUAGCAAUUGUACCCUUGCAAUCAGUUAACAUGCGGAGAAUGGUACCGAUGAGAAGACAUUACUGUUAUUUUAGUAUAUGAAUGAAAAGAUCUUUCAAGUUAUCAUUAUAAUUCAGGUUUUUGUAUAUACCGCUUUUAUACUACUUGUAUAAUAUGUAAAUACUUCAAGCUGAUACACAGAAAGUCGAACGAUGGAUAUAAUAGCGCUUAUUUGCUUUGAAAGCGUCUGUUACAGUCUAUUCAGUAGAAAAUGUAAAACAGAUUCGUCGACCAGAUCUAAUGACGAAAGAUGGGUAGCCAGUUACGAACUUGCAUAGCAGUUUCGAGCAGUUCUAUAACCAGUUAAAUAAAGAGAACUCUAGGUAAGGUCGGGUGUGGUGGAAAGGUGCAUGUUAUGGUGGACUUGCUGUAACCCUGUUAGUUGUGAUCUGGUUAUAAUUUUAACAUGUCUACCCUGCCCCUAAUUUGUUUGUUUGUUGUUUUUUUUAUUAAAUAAAAAUAUUUGCUGGAUCAUUACUUUUGCAUGCAGAAAACGUUUACUUGCAUUGGAAAAUGGGACGAACCUGAAAAUGGGUUUGUUUAGAUACAGUUUAUAUUGUGAAAUUUUCAGCUUCCAAUUAUUACUUGCUGUUAGUUUGUGAUGGGCUUAACAUUUUCAUUGUUGAUGUGCAAUCGUUCACGGUUUGUGUGGAUACAAAUAUGCAGAUAUUGCCUAUGAUGCUUAGUUAUGUACAACAUUUAUUAACAUCAAAUGUGCAUGUAACAAUAGUAUAAUGAAGCAAUGGAAGAAGAUGAUUUUUACGACUGAGACCAGAUGGUAGCAGUAAUGGAGAAGAAUCUAUUUACAUCUUAUAACCUCAGACACUCUGUACAUGGGUACACCAACAGUGCUGAGUCCACGUACGUUGCAUCCCCCGAGUUCUUUCAUUCUAUAGCUAAUAUAAGCAUGUUUAUUAGUCAUACUAAGUUACCUAGAAUGUAGAAGUACAAUGGUGUAAAUGAUGAUAUGGUUAUCAAUUCUGACUUUUUAAAUAUGUAAAAAAAAAACACUAAGCAACACAUCCUUUCUAAUUAUAACGAAACAGUCAUAUCUGUAACAUCAGUAAUGAUACGUUAAUUAAUUUAAAUUGUCCCAUUUGAUGACUAUACCACAAUUGAAGCGUCAAAGAUCAUGAUUGGAUUUAAGUGUAUAGUGGGUACUAAACAUAACUUGCAUUGUUAUAGCUAAUGCGAUUUGUCAAUGAUUGUUGUUUUAUAUAAUUUAUCACUGCUGUGGUAGAGAUACUGGUGUAAAUUUACACAAGAAACGGUACAUAAUGAACGCUGAAAAGGAUAUAACCAACAGUAAAGACAAAUCUUGAUUUGUCCGAAAUUUUUUAGAGUUUUAUACCGUUUCAUGGGUAAAUAGAAUGUGUUAGCUUACGUAUAUGUAUUUAUCUUGUGUCAAACUAUUUUCCAACAGCACGGUUUAAAUAUAUACUGACAAUGUCCUUUUCUUUGUUUAAAAAGGUUGUGCUAUGUUUAUGUUGUUGUUAGUAAUGUAAUUUAUUUUAUAAAAUCCUCUAGGUAUAGAUGCAUGUUUUAAUUAUCAUUCUUAAAAACUGAAAAAUGUGAUUAAAUUAUAUUUUCUGUCAAAAUUUUAAAUAUUAUGAUAAAAUAUUUUCUAAAAUAAGUAAAAACAUUAAUCUCUUGUGUAAGAAAAAUGGUCAAUAGCUAAGUGGUGGAAACACCAACAGACCAAAGUAAAAUAUUCUUUGUACCACGAUGUUUUCAUUGUAUGUUCCAACUACACAAUUGGUGGAUUGGGGGGGGGGGGGAUGACGUAAAUCAAAACGGGUUUCUUUAAUGAUGCACUAACAAAAUACAUUGAUGUGAUAGAUAUUAUAUGCUUGGCACUAAUUUUAAUUUGUUUUUUCAGGAAACAAAUAUUAUUUUGUUUAAUUGUGUGGUUGAAUGGUUAAUUUUCUUCCUCUUCUUUUUAAAUCUAUGUAGCUUCUUAUCUAUUUUUGUAACUCAAUAUAUUGUAGGCAAAUACUUCAAUUAAUGUACUUAAAGUAGCGAGAUGCAAGGGGCACACUUAACCAUUUAUUUUUUUGCAUGCAGGUUAUACGUUAUUUAAACAUCUCAAAAUUGCAUCUGGAUACAUAUAAAUGACAAACGAAUACGACAUUGGCUGGGUUUAUUCUGUGUGUCAUAUAGGACGAAAUUCUUCACAUCUUCACAAAAUAUGUGAAACUUUGAAAUGGUUUAAUAUGGUGUUGAUGAAAUUGUUAUUUCAAUGACCACUACAUAUCGUAAUUAUUUUGACCUGUCUAACAAUAUAGAAUACAAUAUCUAUUAUUUCAAAAUUUAGGAAAACAUUUCAUAUAAUACAAUAUACUAAUUUCAGCAUAUUGAUUAUUUCAGUAUAACAAACCGCGGGGUUUGCUACAGGGUUGCGUUCUUUGUCUAGCACUGUUCAUAGUUUGCCUUAGUCGAUUUCAGUAAGUUUCGUUUAUUUUCUUUGUGUUAUUUACAAAUCCCUGUACGCAGAUGACGGUCAAUAUUUAAUUGAUUUACGCAAAUAAUGAAACCAACUACAUUUCGUGAAAGUGGUCACUAACCAGUAAACACAAAAUGUCGGACCACUUGCAUUAGUUUCAAGAUACCCACCAUAGAUUAACAAAUCGUUAUAAUCACGACAUAAGAGAUGAUUACAGAAACUAGUGUUCUCCGAUUUUAAUCAAUACAGUCAUUAUAUCUGAUUGGAUUAUUGAUCGUAAUACCUUACGUGUAUAGGCGAUGCGAUAAGGGACUCGGUUGGGAGUUUUCAUCUCCGGAUUGGAUGACCGUAGUAGUCGAACGAUCUGAGCACUGGAUUCUCUACCUAGAAUAUAUCUGGUUCGAAGAGCCUUUGAGAUUUUUCAAGGUCGGAUUGCGCUUGUCAUGGAUGAAUCUGUGGAUAUGACAAAAUGUGUGUCUAGUCGUUCGAAUAAAACGAAAACUGGAGCUCACUGGAUACAUAUCGAUUUACAAGUGAAGGAACUCACGUUGGAAACGUUCCUGUCAAAAUUCGCCUAUUUCGCCUCGUAAACUAAACCAUAGAAAAUGUUUUGUGUGGACGAAAUGUUGAACUCCAUUCAAUUCCUGUCAGGAUUUAUAGAUGGGGUAGACCAGAUCUCUGAUCUCCGGCCAAACUCACCCCCACCCCACUGCAUGGGCGCAUAAUCUUUAGCCAAAAACCAUAUAAAACACUUAUUGCAUCAUAUGUUCCACAUACAAGGCUAAUGUGGAUAUUAAUCUUGUAUGUCGGUGAACAUUACGCGAUGAGGUCUUUACACGUAUAUUCUACUUAAUCUACUGGAAAUUGAUGUGGAGCGAAGGAAGAACAACAUUACUUGUACCUAGCUGGAGCAUCGAUAUUCAGAAGCCAAAGGCUACUAGCUUUAAAAUAACCUAGCGGCCUAAGGCCACAGGUUGUUUACAUGUAAACGCACAACAAACGUUUGUUACUUAUAAAAAACUCCUCAGAGAGAAGCGGUAUCAGGUGAUAUAGACUGUAACAAAGUCAUUAAGUUGAACAAGACUUUACCCCGCGGACUAACUUUGAUUUAGACCCCAAAAAGUAGUUGGUUGGGUUGAUCUGAUGUGUUAUUUUAAUAAUCGAUGGGGCAAGUAUGGUUGCCGAUACGUACUCAUUCACCCCCUCCUGCCUUCUCGUUAACUAAGCCAAGAAUCUCCGACAAAUGGUCCUUGGCUGGCUCCGUCGCUGCUACGCUUUGCUAUGAAUUAUUUUUUAAGAAUAACUAUUCGCUUAAAAUUGUAGAAUUCAUGAUCUCGUGUAUAUUAACAAUCUGUAUAUAUUGUAUUAUAUAGUAAAGAAUCGGCUGUCUUUCUUCUGGGGGUGAGUUGGGGGGGGGGGGGGCUGCGGCGUAAAAAGGAAAUAUGCGACUAAUCUAAGGCGGAGAUAUAUCUUUUGUUUAAAUUCCAUACAUGUUUGUCUAAUAAACUUAGUUAUUCAUUUAUUUAUAUGUUUAACAAAUUAACAGUUAAUAACAUCACUCUUUUCUUCUUAUCUUUUUCCUUUUUUCUUGUAAAUAGUGUAAUAUAGUUAAUGUAUAAAAAUCAAUAAUUAAUUAACUGUUCAGUAUUAUCAAAUUGGUUUGUAAAUUAUUAGUAAUUAGACAUAAUAUUGUAUCUAACUAUAUAAAAUUCUAGUUAUAGCCAGGGACGGACUGGGGGUAUGGUGGGUGGGGGGUGACAACUGACUGUAAAUGGUGCUUUCUACGGUAUAUCUUGAGUAAAAAACCUCCGGAGACUGUUUUGCUUACCAAUUCAUUAAAAACGACGUAAAUUCAAGUGGGAACAUUAACUUCUUUAGGGACCCCCGAACCUAAAUCACUCGCAGUCCACCCAAAGAUGGUAAAGUCAGAUUAGCUGUUAAUUUUCACAUUCUCCAUGAAUUUUUAUUUAUCCUUUAUUCUAAUGUAUAUAAUUAUUAUGUAAAUAUCAAUAUAAUCACAUGUCAAUAAUAAAAAUGUGAAUGAUAAAUAAAGUUUUUAAAAAAGUA